AUGGCGCUCGAAUCGCUGAAGAGGUCCUUCGGGACUAUGAUGAGUAUUAAGAAGAAGAAAGAGCCAUCCGAAGAUUCUAUCAUGACAACCGACUCUCCCGGUCAAAGCUUUGGCAGCCUAAGCUCGUGCGCCAUGUCCAUUGAUAGCGAAGACGCUCCACAAGACAGCGGCGUCGACAUCAAAAGUCCACCAGUACCGCCUCCCAACACCCAGUCGGAUCAGUAUAACGACACCGACACUGUAAAUCUGCACAUCAACCCCAACCCUAUCAAGACGACAACCCAAACGCCCGCCACUACCCCAACAUUCGCCGGCCUCCCUCCCACCAUCCGCGCACUAAUCUGGUCCUACGCCGCUCCCGCCCCGCGAACCCGUUUCCUCGAACUCCACACCUACAACACCAUCGACCACAUCCCGCGCAUCCGCUACAUACCGCCACUCCCACCGCUCUUCUCCACCAACCAAGAAGCCAGAAACUUCAGUAUCGCACUUGAAGGUGGAGAACUCGUUAAUUUCACAUCGGAGAACUUUACCGCAUUAUUCUCCUUUCACGGCCGGAAGAUCGGCGGAGAAGAAAAUGAGAAGAAGUUCUACUUCAACUUUGACAGGGAUAUCAUCUGGUUGAGUGCGAGAUUCACAGCUGCUUGCAAUACCACUGAGACGCUUCGUCUGCAAACGCUGUCUUCUAUCCUGCCGCCGAUCAGUCUAUCCCAUAUUCAACGCCUCGUCAUCUCGUACUCCGGCCUGGACUCGUAUGCGCUUAUUGGACCAUAUCUGCGUCCCUUUGCGCGUCUUGAGACGUUGUAUCUAUGUACGAACGAUGCGCGCAUCAAGGAUAAUGUGAAGAGGUUACUCAAGAAAGGUGUACCAGCUGAUGGCGUGACGGCGGACAAACUGAAGAGCAUGAUUGAGCAGACUGAAGCUGAUGAGACGGACGACGAUGAGGAAAGCGAGGAUUUGACAACGGAGAGGUUGGCGGUUAGAGCUAGCAGAAGGGUGCUGGAAGUGUAUCUGAGGCUAGAAGAAUAG